UUCGUGAACAUGCAACCUUUCAAAAAUCGAGCUGAGACUUUUAUUGCACUGUUUAUUCUAAUCGCUCUUGGUGUAUUGUCUGCGUACCUGGCAGUGUUUUUAGCGUUUUUGGGUGUGUGUGCGUACCUGUACUUGGAGUACGAAGCUAACAACCUAGGUUUCCAUGUGGAGGUACUGAAGUCAGCGAUUUUGAGUACAUCAAUUUGGUUGCAGUCAACAAUGUCUUCAUUUGUUAGGAAUCUUCAACAGCGAUCAGGGUUGGUGAGUGAUGAACCGAAAAGUGAAAUCCGUAGUAUUUCGCGGGCAGAUUCACCAGUGACUUCAAGGCUGAGGCGUGUGUCGAUCGCAACGAAUGGAAGCCGUUACUCAAGAAACAGUGAUUUAAACAUUAGUCGUAGUGUUUCCAGCCCAACGAGAUAUCGUCUCUCCCCUGCGAAUCGAAGUGUAUUGGACGUGUGUAAUAGAAGUGACAGCAGGUCGCCGCAGAAACAGUCAUACAAUGAAGCUAUGGGUUAUGCCUACAAGUCAUCACCGUGGAACAGAAAUGCCCAUUCUCCCCUUUCCGAGAAGGCUAGGUCGCCCAAAAACACUAGUGUGAGAACAGUUCAGAAUGUGGGUGGACCUCUCCUGGCGUCUCCUCGUUCUAAUAUAAACAAGACUUUCGAUCUCAGGCUCUACGCGGACGUCAACAGCCCGGGCCUGGCCGAGCGGUCCGUGUACUACUCCCGAACGGGCGGUGCCAGUCCCGGCAGGUCGCCAGACGAGAAUCGGCGCCCACUGUCGCCGCCGGCCGUGACGCAUCAGCCGCAGUAUCGCACCGUCGGCCAGUUCCCUCUGGUCCGGCUGGGCCAGAGGGGCGCCGCCACGGCCUCCCUGCCGCUGCUGACGGCCGCCGUCUCUCCGAAGGCACCGCGAGCGCACUCCGUCGGCACGAACGUGAAGCCAGUGCUGGUGGAGGGUCCGGCCCCGGCCCCCUUGACGCCGGCAGCCGGUAAGGCGCUCUCUGCGAGGGUGGCCGGGGUGUCUUCUCCGGGGUUGUCCGGCGUCGACAGGUCCGACCCCCACGACAUAUCUGCCAAGUCUGUCAUCGAAGCUCUCAAGGAAAUAUCGCGCAAGAGGAUUCGCUCCCAGUGUCUGACACCGAACGAAGUUCCAGACGACGAGUCGGCCAAACGCCAGCGUAGAAAUGUGUCCUCGGACUCUGGUCGUGCAGACGAUUCCGAGGUUGCGGAGAGCUCUGCCGGCCUUCUCUCCCCUUCGACAUACCAGACGAAACGCGGUCGUAGUGACUCGUUCAACGGCAGCGGCGAAAGUGGCAGUACGCCACGGGGUACGGCGAGCGACGAGACGACCGGCAUGCGGUCACGAGUCAAGCGCCUGUGCAGCAACGAAAUCCUCAGCUCGCUCAGCUCUAGCCGUUGCCUGCUGGUGCUCGCUGCCAACAACAAGAGGAAGUUCACCGUCUCCCCAGACGGGAGUCCGCGUAGUGGCACACCUGUCCCGGUGCAGACUGGCAAACACUUCAAGUCUGGAUCCAGCCCGGACACAGAGGAGCAGAACGGCCGGGAAGAGGACAUGGUACAGGCAGAGGAAACGCCAGUUCGGAGGAGGUCGGCCGAGACUGCGGUAGAGGACGCCCCCGCGAGUGCGCCGGCCCGCGCUCCGACACCCGCGCGGGACACGGGGGUCUCCGCUGCCGACGGCGAGGAUGUGACGCCGGAGCACUGGAAGAGGCCGAAGGACGCGGACCGGGACGCCGCCCUCCCCCACCGGGCGACACCUCACCCUGCGCGCAAGCUGGUAGGCACGCGCGACCUCGCGGAGCAGCGGCGUGCCGACAGGUCGGCCCUCGUGGGGCUCCUCACUGUCAUCGGCAAGGGAGAAUCGCCAUUCCGUGACGGGGACCGCCUGCAGCCUGCAGCAUCCCCGCCAACUUCCCGGCGACAGAAACACGUGAGCUUCGCAGACGCCCAAAAGCCGGGAGAGCUGGUACGCGCAGACACGGCGCCCGUCACGGAGUCGCAACAGGCACCUUGUGUCGGCACUCCCACCACCGCCUCCUCUCCGGACUCUCCCGGCCAGGGCGGCAUGACGGGGACGGGCACGACCAACACGCCGCCCACCGUGAGCCGCAACACGCAGAAGGCGCAGGCCUUCACGUUGAAGUCGUCACCCGCAGGCUCGGUCAUGUCGUCAUCUGCCGCGCCGUCGGGGAGGAGCCCCAGCCCCUUCACUGUGAGUGCUGGCCAGUUGCCUGCCUCCUCCGCAGGCUCCGACAGUAGCUCCAGCAAUCCGACGGUGGCGGCAGCAUCGGUAUCGCCAUUUACGGCACGAUCGGUCACGGCCUCCACUCCGACGGCACCGUCCGGUGCGACGGUGACGACGGCCUCCGGGGCUCUUUCGCAGUCGGUCCCGGAGACUCGGCCGACGACCGCGACCCCCGAAGCGGGUGGGACGCCGGCGGGAGCUCGAGCAACUCCCGGAGACGCCGCUUCGCAGCCCCAGGUGCACAUGAGCACUGCCACGUCUACGGCUUUCUCGUUCGGAUCUCCGAAAAUGUCGACAGUGGCGACAGUAUCUGCCACGCCGGUGACCGCCGCCGGCGUAUCGGCGUCGCAGUCUGCCGGCGAGUUCCGGUUCGGAGCCGGAUCGGUGACGUCGACGACGACGUCGAGUGCCGGAGGUUUCAGUUUCACGCUACCUGCCUCGACUGCCGCGUCCACGACUUCGCCGGCAAAGGGAGCCUUCCAAUUUGGGCAGAAUGCGACAUCCGCUGUGGCCACGGCAAAACCGGGAGGUUUCCAGUUUGCACCAGGCAUGGCAGACAAGGUCGGUCGGCAGGCGGCGACAUCGGGACCUGGAGCUACGGCAAGUCAGCCUUCGAUUUUCAGCUCUAGUGCCGCAUACUCGAAAGCGACUACUACAGAGACGGCAGCAUCUCCAUUUGCUGCAGCGGCCGUGUCACAGAGUCAGACUUCUCUGACGAGCCCCGCACCUACUCCGUCGUUUGGAUCUGCCCCACAGAAAGGGAUUUUCGGAGCCACUCCGACUGCGACUGUGGUGACCGCACAGCAGUCUAUAUUCGUGGGUGCCGCGGCACCGGUAUUCGGAGCGGGUAACGCCACCUCCUCGCAGGCACCGACUUUCGGUUCGACAGCUGCAACUACUCAGUCUUCGGUGUUCGGGACUUCAGUUUUUGGCUCUACGACGCAGAACCAGUCACAGACACCAUCUGGCACAAGUAAUGUUUCUCAGGUUUCGACAUUUGGAUGUGGCACUACGCCUGCUACUCCGACCUUCGGAUCUGGCACUACGGCUGCCACUCCGACCUUCGGUUCUGGCAGUACGUCAGCUACUCCAGCCUUCGGAUCUACCAGUACGGCAGCUACUCCGGCCUUCGGAUCUACCACUACAGCUGCUACCCCAGCUUUUGGAUCUGGCACUACAGCUCCUGCUCUAACUUUUGGAUCUGGCACUACUACUCAGGCACCGGCCUUUGGAGGUGGUACGACAUCUCAGACCCCAGCUUUUGGACCUGCAGCAACAUCUCAGACCCUGGCCUUUGGAUCUGGUACAUCCACCCAGGCCCCAGUCUUCGGAGCAGGUACAUCUCAGGGCUCGGCCUAUGGAUCUGGUGCAACAUCUCCGGCUCCGACGUUCGGAUCUGGUACGACUACUCAGGCCCCAGCCUUCGGAGCUGGUACAUCGUCUCAGACACCGGCCUUCGGAGCCGGUACAUCGUCUCAGACCCCAACCUUCGGAUCUGCUACGACGACACAGACACCAACUUUCGGUGCAAUCCCUACGAGUCAGGCACCCGCUUUUGGGUCUGCCACCACAAAUCAGCUGCCAGCAUUCGGCUCGAGCUCUCAGAAUCGGCCAGCAGUAUUUGGAUCAGUCACCACGAGCCAGGCACCGGCUUUCGGAACUGGGCAGACACCUGCGAUCGGUGCCGGCAGCUCUGGUCAAAUAGCGGCACCCAGUUCCGGCAGUCAGUUGGCAGCAUUCGGAGCCAGUGGAACUGGUCAGACGCCUGCCUUCGGAUCUAGCUCUGGACAGACUCCCACUUUCGGCUCCAACACCGGACAAGUGCCGACAUUCGGAUCCGGUUCGUCCGGAAGCACUCCCGCAUUCGGUUCUGCAAAUCGGGCGACUGUCUUCGGGUCUGGCGCUACACCGUCUUUCGGAGGAGCGAGCUCUGCGGCUGCUACCACCCAGAGUUCUGUGUUCGGGACAGCCACGCCUACUUUUGGCACCAGUGGAGCCAAUCGGCCACCUUUUGGCACAGCUUCACCUUUCGGCUCCUCACUUGGCACAACUCCGGGUUUCGGGAGCACGUCGACGAGCCAGACGCCAGCCUUCGGAUCGCCGUUUGUAGGAUCAGGGGAUGCGAAACCGGCAUUCGGCUCUACUGGCCAGGCCAGCGCGGCAGUGACGACGGCCGGCCAGCAGGGGGUGUUCGCGUUCGGCGCGGCGAGCCCCGUGACCACGACGGCGGCAGCCGCCGCCGUGCCCUUCCAGUUCGGGGCUACGGGGCAGAGUUCCUCUGCGGCCGCUCCGAAGCCCGGAGGCUUCCAGUUCGGGCAGUCCGCCGACGCGAGCCCCGCGGCUUUCCCGUUUGCGGCACCCGCGGGCCAGGCGUCUACGCCGAAGGGGGCGUUCCAGUUUAAUGCGGCCGGCCAGACGCCCGGAGGCAAUGUGCCAAACGUCUUCGGCCAAAGUACACCCGGCUCAGUGGGGAUGUUCAGCAUCGGCUCCGGAUCCACGGCGCCGAGGUCCAGGACGUCACGUAUGCGCAACAAGAACCGGUGAUUUUCGGCGUCUGAACACGCACUCGGUAAAAUCAGAUGAAGACAAUGGUUAUCUGGGUGGAGUUCUGACAGUACGGAGAAAUGGCUGCAACUUUUCCUGCGCACCGGAUGGCACUACGUCCUGGUUUGCAAAAUUGAAUACUGUGCACGAGUACGAUUUCUGGUGUACACGGCAGUACGCAUCACGUCAUUUUGCGGCCAAAUUAUGCUUGUAGCUUUUUCACCCACCGUGGUUUUGUAAAGUCUCUUUUGUCUAAGGAAUAAAUGUUGUGUUGUUAAUAAGAAAAAGAACAACAAUAAUCUCUGGAGUAAGAAAAAGAACAAUAAUAAUACAUGGAAGUGACAAAAGGACAUGUUCCAGUGUGUGCAAGUUUUCUCUUUCAUUUGUUAAUUCCACUACACUAUUGUACAUGACAGGCAGUGUCAUGCCUUAUUUUCUGAGCAGGCCUGUAGUUUUGAGAUGGAGAUGCAGAUUCUAAAAACUGCUUAUGCAUACAGAACUGACAUUAUAAGUUACUUAUGACACGCACUGAGAUAUAAUUUCGUGGUACAGUAGUGCUGAGAUAUUUCUUAAUCUGUAUUCAGUUGAUAUACUGGGUAGACAGCUACUGUAUCAGCAUAAUGCUACAGGUUUAUAUUCCAUUUGUGUGUGUGUGUGUGUGUGUGUGUGUGUGUGUGUGUGAAGCAAUCGGUGACCUUUUCUGUCGGAGGAAACGUGUUCUUUGCAAGCAUAUUCUUUUCUCGAGCAAUUUUAGAGGAAGUGAGUGCUUUCUGGAAGCAGACACUAAGUAUCAGACUGUUAACGUAUUCUGUUAAAUUUCCAGCGAGCUGAUGUGAUUUUGGGAGCAGUAUUCCCGUAUCAAUCUUUGGCCUUUCAGAAACUAUCAUGAGAUCUGUUUCCUGGAGCUCACCCUUUGUGACAGUUUCAACACUCUGCCUAAGGGCCUGCCAAAUAAAUUGAACCCCUCAGAAAGGUUCACCGAUCAAAAUCUGAGACACUGUCGGCAAUGUACUGCAGUUCGUACCCAAACUUCGGUACGACGUACAUUUCCCAGCAGUCACUAAUAUCCUGGAAAAUAUACCGGGUGUCUUUCACGAGAGUCAUCAGAUGGAUUUUCUCCGGUGUUUCUGCAGAAAUUUACAAUUUCGUUUUUGCAUUGCGUAGAUGGAGUUAGCCCAAACAAUUGCUGCUUGUCACGUCUUUCAGACUCGUACGGGUCAUGACAAGUGGUAUGUCUCUCAGCUCAAUAUAAUUAAUUCAAAAGUGAACUGUGAGAAAUGCUACAGUCACGGGCGUACAAAAAUUGUAACCUAUUAGUGGAAAGAUUAUACAGUUAGGACUGCUGUUAUGGGGGGAGGUGGUGACGAAACACAAUUUGAUACCACUAGUGUCACAUUUUUUAUCAUCUUUGUAAUAUAUUUAGUCAUCCAGCAGUUUUGUCUCGUCUGUCAAAUGCAUAUCCCACAUCUUGUCACCUUCCCAUCACUUUGUUGCAUGCCAGAGAACAGAAACUCACAUAGAAGACGCUUCCUUUUACACCAGGAGCACGCCGAUUAUUUGCACUCCUCCUCUGACAUAUCAAAAAGAUGACAAGAGAAGAGAGAGAGAGAGAGAGAGAGAGAGAGAGAGAGAGAGAGAGUGUGUGUGUGUGUGUGUGUGUGUGUGUGUGUGUGUGUGUGGAUUUUCAACUGUACCACAAAAGUCACUCUCAUUUCACAAAAGUAUAAACAAUUACAGCUGUAUUUGGAAUUGAUUAGCAACAGUGAGAGUUAAGUUCAGCAAGCACAGGCAUUUGCCUGCAGGGAAACAGUGACCUUUGGAAACGGGAAUUGUAGAGCUGUCACAAGUCACAUGUAAUGUUUUCCUUAUUUUACAGGUUUCACUCGACCACCACAAGCACCUUCAGAAAUUAUGUGGCCGAGGGCCACUCGUUACAAAUAUGGGACUGAGUAUAACUCUCGGCUAUGUAAUUUCUGAAGACGAUCGCUUCGGUCGUGUAAAAUAAGGUAAAAGUUACGUGUGACUUGGGGUGGCACUACUGUUUUACUGGGAGUAAGUGUUGACACUGUGUCUUUGAAAAGCUAAACAGGAGUACUUCCUUCGUCCUUUGUACUGAAUUGAAAAAAGAAAUGAAAGGGUACAGAUUAUCUACACACGAAAUGAGAAUCUACUGACACGUGACAUCUGCUCGAGCUGCAAUUCUCCUGCUGAUGCCUGAGAGUACAUUCAUCAACGAAUUGUUCUCGUGCGUAGUCUGUUUCAGGAUUGAAAAACUUAUGAAAUUAUAUCAAAUGGAAAAUUCACAUGAGAAAAUUAUAACACAGAGACAGAAUUGCAGGUCAGUGCUUAGCACAGCGAGGCAAAAAUAGAGUGUUGCCAAUGGUCACGAAACAAAAUUACACACACUAUACUAAUUUUCAAAACUAAUCUGUCUUUCCUCCCUGAGGAAGAAACAAAUAGUUUUGAAAGAGAGGAUGAUGUCCAACUUUACUUACACGUGUAUGUGUUUUGACAUUACUAAACAUUUUGCCUCCUGCGAAGGACAGUACGUGUCUUAUUAUUUGAAAGACUAGCUAAUUUUCUGUCAUCAAAAGGAGCGAAGCUUUCUUUUUGUGGUACAUCUUUUAUUUUUUAUUUUGUUCCUCUUUCAUUUUGUUGGUGUGCUGUUUCCUUCCUUUGCUGUACAUAUUUACACUUGUGGCUAGUGCCCAACGUGUUCUCCAGCAGUAAUUCCUGUGGAACUCAUUACUAUAAGCUAUGAAAUCCACAUCUCAUCUGUUACAUUGGAACAUUCACAUUUCAUUCAUUGUAUAUUUUGUGUUCGCAUUUAACGUAUUGCCUGCUCCUUUCUAUCCUUCCUCCCAUCCGAAAAUGCAGUCUUGAGUUUUAAAAAUGUGUAAUUCAGUGGUCCGUAGUAAGCUUUGCUGUCAGACCUACCACAGUUCAGUAUUGGGAGUGGUCUGUUUGCCUGUCAUAAUCAUAGUUAGACAAUUUUAGAUUGGUUGUAUUAGACAUUGGGGUUGUGGGAAAACUCUUUCUGCUGACAGCUCUUUCUCAAGUGUGUAUGGCAAAUGUGUUUCCCUAAGUAAAUUAUCUGGUGUACCAAUUUCACACGAAGUGUAGUUAUUAUGUGUAUCCAAAGAUGGUCAGCACAACAUGCUUAUAUCUGUAAAUAUAUAAUUAAAUAUUUUGUCUCACUGUAUUUCUCACAUGUAAAUAUGUUGUUUAUUGGAGAGAAUAUAUAUAUUUAGUAGAUGUAUUGAGAAUUUCUUUAGGGGCAUGACAUAUAUAGAUUAAAAAUACAAACUAGAGCACUUUUUUCAGAUUAUUGGAAAAAGCGUUACGUACAUUUUAUAAAUGUGAUUAUGCCUAAAAUUGAUGGAAAUUGAGGCACAAAAUUAUGUUGCUGCAAAGGCAGUAAGGCAUUUAUUUUCAAAAUGUCAUUUAAUUUAAUAAGCGUGCGAUAAAGUACACGAUAAUGAUUUUGUACGAGACUUCCCAGUGCUCGGCAAGAGUUGCAUCGAGUCGGGAUAAGUCGCCAUUUGAUAAAUGCUUCUGGAGGUUGGCGUGCAGGUUUUCUGUUUCACUGUUGUGACACGUGGAAGUACUAAACGAACAAAACAUUGCAUUCGGGCAAAAAAAAAAAAAAAAAGACAGGAACUGCAGUUUUUCGGCAAGAUAUCUUUAAGCUAGUUACUCCCGUAAACACCAAUAAUCUUAACAGAACAUUUUCGGUGUUCAUUGCUGAUGGGCUAUUAAGGUUCACAGAUAGCAUUAUAUGUUCUGGGAAGUAGGUCACAUUUUGCACUAUAAUGAAGUAAACCAGUCCUAAACUAGUGAACAAUUUGUUUAUCGGGAGGCCCAUAUCGAUAAGUGUUAUGAACAUAUUGCGAACAUACGAGGAAGUGACGUCGAGUGUGCGAAAUAGCAGGCGUCUCACCCUACAGGAGCAUUUAUUUUAAAUGUGAGUUUUGUAUGUCAGAAUGUUUGAACGUGAUGAAAUAUGUUCAUGCUCUUAAAUGUCUGUAUACAAAUAAAAGUCGUUUAUGCAUUAAGAAAAAUUCUCAUUGAGAAGCAGUUUGUUUUGGGAAAACUCAUUUCAAUUUCAUAAUUUUCUGCCCAGUGCAACUUAAUUGUAAUGGAAUAUGAAUAUUUAUCACAAGAAAUUUGUCAUGGAAUAUGUGUGAUACAAUUUUGAUAAUAUUGUUUGUGGGAGAGGUGUCAAAUUUUACUCUUACAUAGUGGCAGAACCUUUUGAAAGAUAUGGAUUCCAGUUUACCAAAACAAUCUGUUUCUUUUCUCAGUUAUUCACACAUAUAUAGAACAAGUGGCAAAAUGUGUAUUGGUAGUUUCAGCUGUAAUGCACAUUUUGUCACAGUGCACGUCUGCAUUAAAUUUGCCUGACAUUAUGUGCACAUUUAAGUGAUAUUUAUUACAUUCUGAGCGUAUGAAGCUUUCAGACAAUACUGGACACUGUGAAGAAAAGUGUGCCGCACUUCUUCUUUUUAUGGGAGUAUAUCUCAAAGUAUUAUGUAAAUUUUUACACAAACGAUUUCUCAAGUGUGUGAGUUUUUGGCAAACAUUUUUUUACCGAGCAAAUUCUCAAAAUUAUGUGCGUCACAUAGGUACUGGGAAUCUGCCUAGUCAACGGUUUGAUAUCAUAAAACUUGAAAGCUUCAUUUGCCUCAGUAAAUUGGCUUCUUAAUUAGAUUGUCUGGUGCAGUAUUUAAUUGGCACCAGUAAGCAACAUUUUCUAUUUGGUGUGCGGGUGUACUUUGGCCUAUGUACGAAUUAACUGUAUACACACACUUGCAGUGCCCUUAUGCCUCAGUAUGUGUCACAUAACCUUCUGGCACAAAAACUAUGUAUCUGAUACAAUUCAUUCCCUGUAAUGUUGUCAGGGUAAGGAAAUGGUCAUAACUUGUCUAAAGAAUGGAGAGUUUAAAUACAUUGUUUACUGUUUAUUUUCAAUCAUUCCACUAGGGGCAUCCAAAAAUUGAAUAGAUGCUAUAGUAAAUGGGUAGAUUCUUUGGGCAAAUUCCCUUUGAUCCAGCCGGAGAAUGGAAGAGUGUUCCAAUAUUUUACAGACUAGUCAUAAUGCCUUAGGGAUGCAAAGUACCUGUCUUCUAAACAAUUUUGUUUUUAAUUGUAAAUCUCAACCUUGGGUCAAAAGAUUGUGUGACCUGAAGCUGAAAUAUGUAAUAAAACAGCCAAUAUUUUAACACUGCAUUGUAGUAGUGGAGAUAAUUUAAUGUUUAGGGUAGAUACCUGUGCAAUUUGAAGCACAUUCUGCGACAUCGGUGACAACUUUCGUGCAUACUGUUAUGACUUAAUUUUCGCCGUAUAUUUUCCUGUUUCAUCAUCAGUUUCUUGUAUUUAUCUACCCACCUUGUCAGCAUGUUUACUUCUUUUGUACAAUUAAGUCUGCCUCGACACUGGAGAUAGGAGUUUUGUGUCCUAUACACUGACUGUUCCACCCAAAUGUGAUACACAGAUGUCAUUAAUUGUCUCUAUUGUUAUUUUGAUCUCACUGUCGCUCCAAGAGCCACCUUCUGCAGUUUCUGUUGUCACAAUUUGUAGCAGUUAUUUGUACAGUUUUCCCUUUCUCUUGGAACUCGAACUGUGUUCUUGUAACUUGUGCACUCUAUGCUGAUUUUUUUUUCUUUUUACGGUACACUCAGUUUUUCUUUCCUAAUUGAGCUCAUUGUUUUUUGGAUUGUAGUUCUGAUGCUACGCAUUUUAUUUUUGCUUCUUUUCAAAAAGAACUUAACUACCACAAAACUGGAGUGAACUGAAUAGGUAGCAAAUCUGCAGAAGAAAUUUGUAAUGUUUCAAACCAGGAAGGUUUGCUCCCUGAAAAGCAAUAUGGCCAUUUUUAGAUGUCAAAAUUGUUUUUCCUGAAAUUGAUGCUUUAUUCCUCAGGCAGGUGAAAGGCGAAAUGUGUGUUAAGCCACACCCCAUUCCGAUCAGGAUCUGUUCUCGUUCAAUGAGCUUUCCAGGUAUUUUAGUCUGUUUUGUCCAGUUGUAUUUUUAUCCGCAGUUCUCCUCACCUGAUGCUCAAGCAUCAGCGUGACAUGUGAAAAGCUGUCGCUUCUGAUUAUGCAGGCUGCCUAAAGAAUAGUCUCAAUGUGCAGCCGAAAAUACUCUGGAGCGUUUCUUCUUAUUGUUAAGUAUCGUACAGCAGUUAUGUCACAAUAGUGUGACUGUUGGAUUUGACAAGAAAAUGACAUAGAACUGGCGUUCCCCUCUCUGCCAUAAAGUGAUUUGUGUAGCGAUAACUGGAGUCUGAGCUGCUUGCAAAAUAUUUAGUUUUGCCACGGUGAAACUUCUACAUUUGUCUCUUCUGUUACAAACUGUUAUGCUCUAUAAACUUGUGUGUGCACUGUUACUAUUAAGUGUAGAUCAGUGUUAGGUGUUCUGGCAGGAUAGGCCAGGGAUUUAAAACCAUUUUAUUUCACAAUUUGCUUCCAUAGUUCGUAAGGAAAAAAGAAAUUACAGUUAACUUACAGAACAGAGAAUCACCACCUCUUCUUGUUGCUCCCAGACAGCAAACACCAUCACUGUUUAAGAUUUAUACUCUACUCCUUGCCUAAGAGUCAAAUCACUCUCGUGUGACAUUCCCACAUGUUAAACAGUACAGUGAAGAAGUGACACGUGCUCCACCACUUUCAAAUAUCUCUGAAACUGAUGGAAUAUGGAAAUUUUAAAUUUAAUUGGGCUUCAGCAGCCGUAUCAAAAGUUUUUCAAGCAAUUGUGUGAUGUUUAUAAGUAAAAUAAUGUGACUCUUUAGAUGCAGCCUGGUGUUAUUUUUUGACAAGAUUUCAGUUUUGUUAUCUGCGAUAAGAUAUCAUUGAAGACAGUACAUUGUCAGAGAUGUAGCACACAGCAAAGCAGUUUGUCGUGCAUUGAUUACACCUUCUUUCUUGUGUUCCAAAAUGGUAGUUUCUGGAACAGACCUUUAUUUUGAGAAAAACAAAAUUUUCCACAUGUCUCUUGCGAGGAGUCAUACCAGUGUUAGCUACAGUAUACCACCAUGUACUGAAACAGUAUUUUAGGCUCUGUUCUUUAAUUCAGACAAAUUGGUCACAAAUCACCCAUCUCCACUCUCACCCCUUCCGUCCUCCAAAACGGUGGUCUUUUACAUUACCUAUCUUCAGAGAAUUUGUUUCCUAGGUCCGUAGCUUGUAAAGCAUUUUUGUGGAAAUAGUUGUUCCACAGAUACACUUCAUUUUAUUGUUAUUAAUCUCUCUGCCAACACACACACUGAAACUAAACCACAGCAAGACAGUGUGUGAUUUUAAGCAUUUCCAGUUUAAGAUUAUUUUGAACUCCUCUCAGGUAUUCGGCAGGGUGGCGGCAUCCACAUUUUGCCGUACGUCGGCACGCCGACUCGUCGGCAUCCCCGGUAACUGGGCUGGGACUUCCCGCAGUCGGCGGUGUCGACUUGCCGAAAUAUCGCACAGUGUAGACGACGCUUUCCUUCGGAAUAACCGGAGUAGGCAGGUGACACUGUCAUCACAGACGCACACCUUGAAGUAGUGGCAGGGGCAGUCAGUAGAGGCUCCGCAUACAUCAGUCUGUCUCCAUUCUUAAGGCGAGUGCAGGCCAGUGUACAUGUUGACAUUCUUUUUUAAUGUGUUCUGUGUACGCACUGUGGCACAGUGUUCAUUUUGGGCAGUGUAUGUGUUAUGUGCAAUAAUUCAGCUUUUACACUUGUCCCGAAGAAUUGCGUUUCGAGUUUUUAGGGGAAGGUCCCUCUGUUGGGGAAUCCAGAAGCUUUAAGACGAAAAAGUCAUAAGUGUUAGAAAUUUGCCAGAUGUACAAUUAUUUUAAAGGAAAAAGUUUGUUUUACUUUUUUUAAAACAAUCUUAUGUAUGUGAAUUUUGUUUUUUGGAUAAAAAGCUCCUUCAUAUUUUACACAGAUCAGAUGAAAUUGUUAGAUUUACAGUUUUAUACAAACAUUUUGUGAUAGUCUGUUUCACUGAUAAGUAUAGUGUGAUGUUUUUUAUGCUACAGCUCAGCUGACUCUUCUGAAUUCAGUGUAAUACUGUUACGUUCCUACACUAUUUUCUAAUUCUGUAUAAGUAAUAAGUAACAGUGUCUGUAAUAUUGUAAAGAAAAAAUAAUAAAUGUGAAAUAUU